ACUACAAAGAGCCCACGCUUGCCGUAUAGCUACUCAUCAUCUUCAAUCAUCAAUGGCGGAUACAGUUUGUCCUCCUCUAUAUGAAAAAUAUUCUCGUAAAAACCAUAUUCAUAGAGUUUUGGACAUUUGUGUCCUCUUUCUUCUAACUUCUCUCAUUGUUUAUCGUCUUUUAACUCUCAAGAAUCAUGGUUUUUCUUGGCUUCUUGCUCUUUUAUGCGAGUCAUGGUUUACUUUUGUCUGGGUUCUUACUGUCAGCACAAAAUGGAACCCUGUGGAUUACAAAACAUACCCAGAACGCCUCCCUCAAAGAGUUCCACACUCAUUUUAGUUUGGUCUAAUAAAA